AUGCUAGCGCGACAGACACAGCGCCGACGCUGCCUAGUGCUCGAGGACGGGACGACCAUCGGCUGUCACCAACGCAAUGUACACGAGACGCACAUGGUCGUCCUGGAACCGUCAGGCCACGCGUACUUGUACAUCCAACCAGACGGGACUCGGACGCGGCACUUGACGUCCGCUGUGCUGUCCAGCCAGCGGUCCAUGGUCCUCGACACGCUCAAUGUCCGCAACCGCUUCACGGGCGGUCAUUUGCCCUAUUUGGGUCUUUGUCUAAUGGAUACGAAAGACGUAACGUAUCAGCGACGUUUAAACACGUUACGUGCGAGGUGGCCGUUUCAUCAGGGGAAGGUCAAGGUUUCGACACUAUACAAUAGUCAAGAGAAGCGUUUCGAGAUGCAGUCGAUUGAAGGAGCAGCUAAAGUGCGAUUACACGCAAGCGGGAAACUGGUUGACCUCUAUUACUCGAUAGAGGUCAAGCCGAAUAACAAUGACGCAAAGGAGGGGCGGCGCAGUGAUUACGCUCACUACGCAACAAUGCAUCAGUCGUUUGCCGUGACGCAGAUACCCGAAAACUUCAACUUUCCAGUGAGCUUUUUGCUGGCAGUCAAAGCAGCGUGGGACAAAAACCACGAUGCCGAGAUUGAGUUUAAAGAGGCGACGAACUCGAGUCCACGGGUUUCGCCAUUGCCUGAAAAUGGCGCUUUUGCUGCCCGUCCAGCAUUUCCAUUUCUUGCGCCAAGUACUGAUUCAACGUGUGAAAUUGGUGGUGGCAAUUGUCUCACAUUGGCAGAGAUAUUGCGAGUUGCUGCACUUCCAUCCAAGAAAUUGUACCAUCAAGUGGUGGUUGAACUGAUUGGAGAAGAAGCGACACUCUUCGUAGCUCGUCGACCGAGCAAACUUGUGCCAGAAAUCGUGGUGCAAAUGGAUCAAGAUCAGUCGGUGUUGACGGCAUGUAACGGAUUCUUUACCUGGUACGACGACGCUGGACGACUGCAGCACCGAUUCACGCGCGAGACAAUUCCGCCGUCGUUUGAAUUCGACACUCAGCGCAAUAGCGUCUCCAUCGCUUCCACAUGUCAACACAUUGACUACGUGCUCCAGGCUUUCAAGUUCGCUUCCGGACCAUCUCAGUUGAACGAAUCGCCAUCAUCUUCUUUGCAGGAUGGACUGAAGCUCGUAGAGGAAGUUGAAAACAAGGCUGGACGCUUUCGUGCGUUCUGCGAUGGCCGAAUUCGCGUUGCAUUCGCAGAUCGCACUAUCCUUCAGGUGGAACGCGAUGGCGACCUCUGUUCAUUUUUCUUUGCGGAUGGUAGCGCGAGUCAGACGACUCUGGCGUCAGCGCCGCUUCGACAUCGUGCGUACAUCUACCAGGCGAUGGAAUUUGGCGAUUGGGCUUUCUCGACUCAAGAACAGCGCAUGAAGCGUCACGUGGAGCGACAGGAGGCUCAGGCCAUCGUUGCGCGCGAGCUGCAGCGAAUCAGCGUGUGCUGCAGGAUGAAUACCGGUCCAGGCGUACUACAGAGAUGCAGCAAGGGCAAAGCUGCCUCGCACAUAGAUGAUGCCCACGACACGAACGGCAAAACGCCGUCGCUGGCGCUAUCACUAGCCGAGAUACAAAAGCUCCAGGCAGCUACACAGCAGCACAUCGUCAGCGUCGACCACGCAUUGCAUGAUGCUGCUGCGUUCAUUGCAGCCAACCACCAUACAAAGGAUGAAGACGCCGACAAAAGAUGA